CUUUCAAAGCAAGCAUAUGCCCUCCAAUGGAUCCCUUUCCUUUCUCCUCCACCCAGAUGCACAUACAUCACUGAAACACCCGCAUAAACAAACAACAACAAUCACAUUCCCAAAUUAACCCCAAUUUUCUCUUUCUACACUUUCUCUCUCUUCUUUCUUUUCACCAACAAAGAAGCUCUGAGAAUUACAGACAAAAAAACAGAGAGAAAUUACAGACAUCCAUGGCUUGCGCGACAAGACCCACCUUUUCUUUCCACCUCUCAACCACUUUCCCGCAACAUUCCCACCCAAAGCCCAAAACCCAAUUCCCUUAUCCCCACCUCCUCCCAAAGGUCCAAACUUUUUCACUCUCUCUCACUCACAUCCCCCCAAAACCGCACAUAUUGUCUGCAAACUCCAUUGAUGUGUCGAAGGAAGACAAACCCACUUCAGAAGAACCCACCUUGCCCCCUCCCGCCUCCUCCGUGGACCCAGUAGAGCCGGCGGAGGAACUCGAAACGACGUUCGACAAGCGGCGGCUGGAGGAGAAGUUUGCUGUGUUGAACACUGGGGUGUACGAAUGCAGGUCUUGUGGGUACAAAUACGACGAGGCGAUGGGUGACCCGUCGUACCCGGUGCCGCCGGGAUUGCCGUUUGAUAAGUUGCCGGAGGAUUGGAGGUGUCCGACGUGCGGGGCGGCGCAGGGGUUCUUUGUGAGUAAGAGUGUGGAGAUCGCUGGGUUUGCGCAGAACCAGCAGUUUGGGCUGGGUGGGAAUACACUCACUUCUGGGCAGAAGGCUGUGCUCAUAUUUGGGGGACUCUUCCUUUUCUUUGUGCUUUUCUUAUCUGGGUAUUUUCUGCAAUAAUCAAACAAGUAUGGGUUUUUUUUUUCUAAAUUGUGAAAAUGUAUAAUAAUUCAAUUUACUAGUAAAAUUAUCA